UCUUCUUCCCGCGAGCGGAAUGAGCGCUUCGUGACAACACAUGCCAAAGUUGUCCCCAGGAUGACUAAUAGAUCCAACAGCAGCAGGGCUGCACUGUGGACUCCGAUCCCCCAGGGGGCCCCGGGGGCGACGCCCUGCAACCGCUUCCAGCACGCCUGCUGUGCCCACCGGGGAGAGGUGUACAUGCUGGGGGGGCGCGACAAGAUGGUCAUCAGGGACUUCUGGAAGUACAGCGUGGUUCGUAAUGAGUGGACAGAGCUGGACUGCAGUAGUGAAUGGGCCCCUGAGGAAUUGGAGGGACACAGCAUGGUUUCAUAUCAGGGCAUCCUGUACAUAUUUGGAGGCCUAAUCGACUCAGCCUACACGGACUGGAAGAUCCCACUGUGGCUGUUUGACACGGAGAAGGAGGUGUGGCGCUAUUCCCAAGGCCAGAGUCGACCCUCUCAGCCAGUGCCGCUGAACAGGAAGGGUCACAGCGCGGUGGUGCUGGGCAGGGCGAUGUACCUGUACGGGGGAUACAUCGACAUGAGGGGCUCCUCACAGGAACUCUGGAAGUACCAGUUUGACACGGGCGUGUGGUCCCUGUUGAGUGGCUCGCAGGGUGAGCAGGGCCAGAGCCCGGGGCCCCGGCACGGGCACGCAGCGGCGGCCUCCGCCCACCAGAGGGCGAUGUACGUGUACGCGGGCCUCAGCGGCCUCCGGGAGCAGCGGGACCUGUGGAGGUGGAGCCAGGACAGCCACACCUGGAGCCUCAUCAAGACACACUCCGGCCCGUCGAAGCUCGUGGGUCACUCCAUGCUUCUGUAUCGGGACUCCCUGCUGGUAUUCGGAGGAGGCGACACCCUCGGUUCCCCCGGCAACGGCCUCUGGAGACUCGACCUCACUUCCUCUUCUUCCUCCGGCGGUAGCAGCAGCAGCAGUCACUUGUGGGACAAGAUGGCCGCCGUCAAGGGCUCCAGUCCGCCUGGCAAAGCGCACCACUGUGCCGUGGGACUGGGCCCUGGGUUCCAGCCCUCCUGGGCCAGAUGCAGGUCCAACAGCAGCAGGUCCGCCCCCGCCAGCCUGCUCGGCAGCCCCAGGACCAGCCCCUCCCCUUUGGGCAAGUUCCGCCCCUUCAAGAACAAGCUGUCGCCGGCCCCCAGCCCGCUGCUAGAGGGCGCCAUCGAGCUGCAGACGCUCAGCAGCAGGACGACGACGGACAGCGGGAUCGGAUCGGGCAGAUCCAGGGACUACGAGGUGGUGGAGCUGAAGGGAGUGGAAGAGGAGGAGGAGGAGGUGGGGGAGGGGGAGGAGAGGGACUACUUCCGGCUUGGAGGUUCGUCGUGCCUCACGUUCGAGAACCAGGACGCCUUCCGGAAGCACUGGAACACGGAGGGGGAAAGAGACGAGGAGGGGGAGGGGGAGGGGGAGGCGUCCUCGGACUGCUCGGAGGAGAGCAUAGAGCAUCACCUGCCCGAGGCCAUGCUGAUGAUCGGGGGCAAGCCGCUGGCGUGCGGCAAGACGUCCAUCUCCGUGUGGCAGAUGGCCCUCUGACACAGCACACAGCAGGACAUGUGGCAGUGUCAAUUCAACACCUAGUAGGGACAUUUGGCACUUUGUAGCGUAAGGAGGAACCGCCCACCGAUGAGUUACCUUUUUAAUCUAUUUUUAUUUACGUGACAUUUCAGGCCCUUCCUCAGGCGUGGUUCUUCCUUACCCUAUGACCCAUGAACUUUAAUUGUUAAUUCAACACUUAGUAGGGACAUUUAGCAGUGUUCAUUCAACACGGUAAGGAGGAACCGCACGCCAAUGACUUACCUUUUUAAAUCUGGUUUUAUUUCCUUGACAUUUCGGGUAACCGCGGCCCUUCCUCAGGCGCGGUUCUUCCUUACCCUAUGACCCAUGAACUUUACGCUUUGACCCUUCACCCGGCUAAAAUGAAUUGGAUAUGUGUGAGAUCUCACUUAAAAGGGUGGGGUUGCAGGUAUGACAUUACAUUGGGGGAACUCCCCCAGGAUUCUAAGGUUCUACAUAGACUCCUAUGAGCCUGCGGAACCCCCAACAUGAUGUCAUAAUGGUACAUUUUCUUAAAAUGGUUAACCUGCAACCGCACCUUUAAAUUCACCACUUUAACAGAGAGUUAGAUUCAACACUCUCCUAACUAGUCCUAGAGUCUAAGUGCUGAGUUAACACUGCACAAAUUAGUGUG